GGUGCUUGUUCACAGCAAUCUUAACAGAGAAGAGGCUGAGCACGCCAGCGGCUUAUUUUAUUGGAUGCCAAGCUGCGUAAUUUAACUCAAGCUUAUGGAAGGUGACAGGAAAGAGUUAAUAUCCUGAGGCGCUGAGGAGUGUUCAGGUGUGACUGUUCUUUCGUAUCUGGACUGCGUGCAGCUACAGUGCAAACACCUUAGAAGGCAGCAGCUGUCGGAGUUGGAGAAGCAGCUCUGUUCAGGAGAUAUUAUAAAAUGGCUGACUCUGAAUCCAGCUGUCCCAAAGAACUGCCACGGGAACUGAUACCUGAAGACUCCAUCCAUGCGGCAAAUGGAUCACAGAUCUGCGAGGAAGAGUGUGAGAGCGUAGGGUUGAAAAAGGAAGCAGACCCUCUGUCAUCGGAUCCAGAAAGAGGACACACUCCCAGCAAUGGAGUAGGCCUGGGAGAGAAUGUGACUGAAAAUGGACCCAAAGAGGAGCCACCAGGCAAGAUUGGGGAAGGGGAUGCGGUAGAGGGAGAAGAGGUCCUCUGUGACUUCUGCUUGGCUGAGAAGGUGCUGGCGGUGAAGUCCUGCUUGACCUGCAUGGUGAACUAUUGCCAGGAUCACUUGAAGCCUCACUUGGAGAACGCCAAACUCCAGACCCAUAAGCUUAUGGAUCCAAUGAAGGACAUUGACAUGCAGAGCUGCGAAGUCCACAAGAGGCACCUCAGUUGGUUCUGCCAUACUGACCUUGCGUGUGUCUGUGAGGAGUGCCUUGCAGAUGGACACCAGGGACAUAAGGCUGUCACCUGUGGGGUAGCCAGGAAAGAAAAGGAGGUAAAUUGUAGCUUUCUGAGCGCUGUCAGUGUUCAGGGGGAAUGUCAUGGGAUACUGGCUUGCUAGGAAAUAUGGGGCCUAGAGUUCUCAUUCAUACGCACACAGCCUUUUUACAUGUGCAUGGCUGGCCCAGAGUGCUGCUGGAGGGAUUCCUGCUUGAUAUCAUGUUAAGAUUGUUUAGAAUAGCAAACUUACUAGAGAACAGGCUUCACUGAAUGCAGCUGAGCUUGCUGCUGAGUAAACAUGCUAGGGUUUUGCUGCAAAUGUCGGAUGCCUGGGGUUUCAUGGUUAUGUAGCUUGACAUAUUAUGAAACCCAGGAGGCCAUCCCACAGAAGGGAUCACAGUUCAGGGGAAAUCUGACAAAAGUUGGAUGGACAAAAAUGGGGUGUGCCUGCUUUCUGUUAGAAAAGGGUGGUAUUGCCAAGUGUUAUCUACACUCAGGGCCUGCUUGCAAUUAUCCCAAGCCCAGGGCAACUGGGGAGUUUGCUAUAUUACUAAGGACUGAACUGGUUGUGUCACCACUGGCAGCACAUGCAGAAUUUGGCACAGAUCAGCUUUUGGCCCUUGGAUGCAGAUGCUGGGAAGCUGUGACUGAGUGUCAAAUGCUGACCAAUGCCAGCAUAUUUCUGGCAGUUUAGAUGACUGGCUCUGUGGCUCAGCCCUUGGCUUUAUGUCUUGACUCUCAGUGAGGACUGAGACAAAAAUGCAGCUGCCACAGGACAAGAGAAUCAGUAGUUUAGUAGGCAUAAUUCCUACAGCUAGAAGUUCAAGGUAGAAAUUGACCUGGAAAGAUCCUCAGCUGCAGUGAGAGUUUCCAAUAUACGACACCAUCAUGGGACCAAUAGCUAUUAAAGUUAAGAUUCAUUCACUUAAAGAGAUAGUUAGCAUUGUUGUGGCAAUUGUGCACAUGGUAGGUUUUGCAUUUGAACUCUACUUGCACCCAGUGGUAUAUGGUUCAAGGAACCACUGCAUGAAGUAGGGCUUUCUCAGUGGUGUCACCCUAGUUACGGAACUCCUGUCCAGUUGAGAUCAAAUGGUCUCCCACACUAUCUUGACUGAGGCAGCAGCUUAGAAAUUUACUCUCAUUGGGGCACUGGAGCAGUGGAGCAUAAUUACAGUGCCUCUGUUGAUAUGAUUUGUGUUAUAAUAUCCAUUAUAGCGUAUUGGAUAUUGCAAGGUAUUCUGAACUGAGGUUUUAAAAUGAUGGUUUUAAUGUCGUCAUUUUAUGAUUGUUGGCUAUGUGGGAGGAAGGACAGAACAUAAGAAAUAAUGUAAUAAUUACUUCCUCCUUUCCACCUUCCUUUUCUAUCACAAAGGGACUCGUAUCACCCCCCCCCCCGUAGUUAUGCAAGGUGGGUGUUAUUUAAAUCACUGAAUAUGAACACACAUUUCACCCAGUGUUAAGAAUAAGCUGCUGCAUCUUUCAUUCAGAUGUUUAGGCAAAAACAAACAUGGACUUUACAUGUUCAUUGUAAAAUAUUUAGCUUAAAAAUAAACAAACCUACAGCAAUAAUCUCAAAGGAGUGCCCGGUGCGCUUAAUGAUGAAUUAGGGUGCAGUUUUGGGCAAACAAUUAUGAAGGAGUUCUGAUUUCCUCCCAUUUGGAUGAUUGUUUCCAUGUCCCAGAUUCUACAUUGAAACUUUCCCAGCCUGAGGCUUUUAUAAUGUAGCAGUAAUUCCAGAAAUUGCUGUGAAUCAUAGUUUGGGUGAAAGAGGCAGGUAUUCAUAGCCGUUAUGACUACCUGUGUAGGAGGUGUGAGCUUUUGGCUUUUUCUGUCUAUUCCUGUUCUCCGGGAUAGAACUAUUAUUUGAUGUUUCGUAUUUAAUACCAAAGGGAUUUGUUAAGCUCAUAAUCUGUCCCCCUGAAGAAUGCAAAUUUAGAUCAACCGAAGGUGUGGCAUAGGAGUGACAUGGGGACGCCACCAUGUGUUUAGCACCCCCAAAAAUGCACCUGCUUGCAGUAUUAAAUGCAUGUGGACAUGCAGUGUGGACAUGCUCUUAGUUACAAAUGGAUCGUCCCCCACCCUAAAGGGCCAGAGGAACCAAAUAAUGUAGUAUAUUUCAGGAACAUGUUGCUUCAGAAAGCAAAACUGGCUAACAUUGUUCCUGCCACAUCUUGCCUCAGCUGAAGUUUCUGAAUACCUUUCAAGGGCAGCCUCGUGUGGAGCACAUUGCAGGCAUCUCAUCUAGAAUAGAUGUGAUCAAAACAUGUGUGACAAUAUCAAUCUGAUUUCUCCAGGAAAGGGCACAGCUGGCACACUGGUCAAAGCUGUGCAAACACACAGCUGCCACCUCACAAUCUCAUGGCAAAGUUGGGUUCCAAGAGUAUCCCAAACUGCAAACCUUGUCAUUGAAGGGCAGUGCAUCCCCAUCAGGUACUAAGCUUUCCUACUGACCAACAGCACCUCUAUCUGUCUGUUUGUUAGCCCAUGAUUGCACAUUUGAUGUAAUGUGCACUUUGGCCCUCAGGGGAUACGAAUCCCAGAUUGAUUGCUUUUAAGGGAAAAUGGAUAUUUCCAUUUGAUUCAUGGCUUUUAAAAACUGCUGUUGAGUUGCCUCUUUCAAUAACCUCUGAUUUUAUCUAUCCACAGUAUGAACUUAUUCAGCUCCAAGCAGGCUAUGACUGGAAACUGAAGUCAGCAGAAAAUGCAAUUGAAAAGCUGCAGAGAAAUUCAGAGUCUAUAGUGGUAAGAUUUUCACUAGGCCACCUCUUUCUUUCCAGCUAAGUUCCUGUUCAGGUUGGUCUCAAAUUGGCUGUACAGUGGUGCCCCGCAAGACGAAUGCCUUGCAAGACGAAAAACUCGCUAGACGAAAGAGUUUUCCGUUUUUUGAGUCGUUCCGCAAGACGAAUUUCCAUAUGGGCUUGCUUCGCAAGACGAAAUGUCUUGCGAGUUCUUGCGAGUUUGUUUCCUUUUUCUUAAAGCCGCUAAGCCGUUAAUAGCCGCUAAGCCGUUAAUAGCCGCUAAGCUGCUAAGCCGCUAAUAGCCGCUAAGCCGCUAAUAGCCGUGCUUUGCAAGACGAAAAAACCGCAAGACGAAGAGACUCGCAGAACGGAUUAAUUUCGUCUUGCGAGGCACCACUGUAUUGUACUGUAUUAAGAAAGGCAUACCCAUAGCCCUCUCUUUGUUAUAAGUAGGCUGUAUCUUCGUAGACUUUGCUAACUGACUGUAACCCCACAAAACAAUCUGGACCAGGGCUGGCUCCAGGUUUCGAAAGGACCUGGGCAAAAUGUCCUCUGGUGGACCCCUCAGGCAUAGCUAGUGGUGUUAGCAACAGCAGCAAUUUCUCAUUGACGCGGCAGCUAAAAAAGCCAAUGCAAUUCUGGGCUGCAUCAAUAGGAGUAUAGCAUCUAGAUCAAGGGAAGUAAUAGUGCCACUGUAUUCUGCUAUGGUCAGACCUCACCUGGAGUACGGUGUCCAGUUCUGGGCACCACAGUUCAAGAAGGACACUGACAAACUGGAACGUGUCCAGAGGAGGGCAACCAAAAUGGUCAAAGGCCUGGAAACGAUGCCUUAUGAGGAACGGCUAAGGGAGCUGGGCAUGUUUAGCCUGGAGAAGAGGAGGUUAAGGGGUGAUAUGAUAGCCAUGUUCAAAUAUAUAAAAGGAUGUCACAUAGAGGAGGGAGAAAGGUUGUUUUCUGCUGCUCCAGAGAAGCGGACACGGAGCAAUGGAUCCAAACUACAAGAAAGAAGAUUCCACCUAAACAUUAGGAAGAACUUCCUGACAGUAAGAGCUGUUUGACAGUGGAAUUUGCUGCCAAGGAGUGUGGUGGAGUCUCCUUCUUUGGAGGUCUUUAAGCAGAGGCUUGACAACCAUAUGUCAGGAGUGCUCUGAUGGUGUUUCCUGCUUGGCAGGGGGUUGGACUCGAUGGCCCUUAUGGUCUCUUCCAACUCUAUGAUUCUAUGAUUCUAUGAUUCAUAAUGUCCUGGAGCAACCUGGUGCCCUACGGAUGUUGUUGGACACCAACUCCCAUCUCAGCAUGGCCAAUGGUCAGGGAGGAUUGGAAUUGGAGCCCAAAACAUUUGGAGGGCACUGGCUUCGGGAAGGAUGCCCUGGAGCAUCUGAUGUCGUAACUCUCUGGGAAAUCCAAAUGAUGGCUUGCAGAUGUAGCUUCAUGAUGUGAAGGACCAUGGUAGUGGCCCUAGGAUGCUGAGUGCUGAUGAUGACCAUUGUCAUCAUGGAAAAACAGGGACUAAAGUUUGUGGUUUAGCAUUUUAAUCAUUUUGAUCUCUCUCAUUCCCCCUUUUAUGCUCAUCUUGUUCUUUGAUUCUUCUCAAAUCUGUGACCGUAGGAUCAGUGUUCCUAUGGACCCAAAACACUUCUUACCUUGUCUGGAUUGUUACUCACAUGUGCCAACUUUGAUGGCCAAUGUGGAAGAGGAGUGGCAGGCUCAAUCUGCUGUGGAAACAAAAGCUUGAUGAUAUCAUCCAGCAGAUGAGUAACAUUUCUACGUGGCUGGGAGGUUCCCACAGGGUUGGUCCUCCUUAAAACAAUAGAGGAGUGACUAAUGCAAUUCAUUUUCACUUAUUGGAAAGCUUCUUAAACUGCGUAACCCUUCUGCCAGCCUGGUAGUUGCCUGAGGAAUGUAAAAUAUUCUGUGGGUUGCUCCUCCGGCUUGAAGGUUUAUCUCGGUGGUUGGGAACUUACAGCCCUUCAGAUGUUUUUGGACUCCAGUUACCAUCAUCCAUAAUCAUUGAUCAUGUUGGCAGGGGAUGAUGGGAGUUAGAGUCCAACACCAUCUGAAAAUCUGUAUGUUUGCCAUCCGUGAUGUAGAUGAUCCUGUCUCCAUGUUGACCAGGUAUGGCACACUCCCAGUGCUGAUUGGUUGAAUGACAGCUGUUGACAGACUGGUCUUGUCAGGAGUUGGCUGUCUACUAGAGGAAGGGGAUAUUCUAUGUCUCUGUUGCUCAUUUAUUUUCACAGUGCCUUCUGUUUUCUCUCCUUCAACAGCUUUUUUUCUUUCUUUUGCCCUCACAUCUCAUAUUAAUAUGGGCACAUUUAUCAAUCAAUUUAUUAUAUUUUUAUCCCACCUUUGCUCCAAAGAGCUCAAGGUGGCAUACAUGGUUCUCUUUCCCUUUCUUAUUUUAUGUUUGCAAUAACGCUCUAAGGUAGGUUAGGAUGAGAGACAGUGACUGGCCCAAGACCCAAGGCCACUCAGUGACAUUCUUAGCUGAAUGGAGAUUUGAUUGCUGAACUUCCAGGACUUGGGCUGACACUUUAACCACCACACCACACUGGACCUCUAACCACUGCACUAUGUUACUUUUCCAAUAACAAAGAUGGUGAUUUCCUCCCCCUGCAGAGUUCCGUAUCUGAAGUGAAAACCUUGGUGGAAGAGAAGUUUGAGGAGCUGCUCCAAGCAGUGAAGAAGACUCAGUCUGUUGUGCUAGCUUUCCUAGAGGAGAAGGAGCGUGGUGCCGUUAAUCAUGCUAAUGGGAUAAAGAUCCAUCUUGAGAACAAGCGGGUGGUGAUGGAGGAAUGCAAGAGCAGGCUGGAGAAGAUGGCCACACACACGAAUGACAUCAUCUUUCUGAAGGUACCUUAAGUGGCAAAGAGGCAAACGGUCAAUUGGUGUUGCUGACUUAACAUGGUCAAAUGUUUGGGUUAAGGAAAUGCUAAUGAAAUGCAACCCUUGCUGUCUCAUUGCAUUUCUUUCUGUAAGCUGUGCGUGCUCCUGUGUGUUUGCGUGAUCUGAGAUGCUCAACCAGGCCUGUGGCCCCUCUAGUCGAGCAUCCUGUUCUCGCAGUGGCCAACCAGAUGCCUCUGGGAAGCCCACAAGCAGGACCCAAGUGCAAAGGACCCCUCCCCCACUUGUGAUUCCCAGCAUGUGAUAUACAGAGACAUACUAGGUUUGACAGAGGAGGUAGAAUAUUGACAUUCGGUGGCAAGUGACCAUGGAUAGCUGUAUCCUCCACGAAAUUGCCCUGUCCUCUUUUAAAGCAAUCCAAGUUGGUGGCCAUCACUGUCUCCUGUGUGAGCAAGUUCCAUCGUUAUACUAUGCGUUGUGUACGUGUUUGUGAGACCAGCUGCUGCUACAUGGGCAGCUAAUGUGUGCAUUUGAGUGAGCAGAAGCUGCUAGUGAGAGAAGCUGCUCCUAUGCAUGUACUUCAUUUCUGCAGCCUUCAGCCUCUUGGCUCAAACUCCUCCAGUACCAUGAGAUUGGGGAGCUGUCUGACUUUCCAGAAGCAGCAGGAGCAAGCCUGAGACCAGGAGGCCUGAGUCAGCCAGGGAGCUGUCCAGCCAAAGAGCCAAGGAUGAAACUGCUGCCCUAGCAGCCAUCAGACAAUGACUGAGUAGUUUUGUGGAUGGUUCUGAUGCCCAGCUCCUUCCUGGAGUACCCGCAGGGACCCUGAUCUGGAGCAGUUGUUGCUUCCUGCUCCCCCUCCCAAGCAGGGUUGGGAGAUGAGAUGGAUCUUGGCCUGCCAAACAGGGGCUAUAUCUCUGGACCUGGGAUUUGGCCACUUUGAGUUGAUUUGGAAAAGAAAAGUGGAGGUAAAUAUUAAUAGCAAUGAUGGUCAAGAAACAGGAAGGUUAUUAGGCUGCAAUAACUUGAACCAAUCAUGUGCAUGAUGUGUGCCUCCUUUUCUGUAGCUGCCACAGAAGAGCAGUUAGUUGCAGGGAGUGAGGCCAGGCUAAGCAGUGCAUAUCCCUCUUUUGUAGCAUCUUCCUGUUUAGCACAUUGUAAGGGAAGGAUAAGCCCAGCCCAGCCCAGCUGCGACUCCCCUGAAAAGGGGGGCUUACGUGUUUGUGAGAUACCAAAUAACAACUCCUAUAGUUGUUUUAAAAAUAUUAGUUGUUCUGUGAGGUUUGUGUUUGGGAGAGAGGUGGGGGCAGGGAAUCAAACACCCAGAGUGGAAAUGGUUAAGCCUUGGCUUCUCACCUGUGUCUGGCCCCCCACAAAACAGCCCUUGCACUGCAACUAGGCUUUUAAAACAACUUCCAUUGCCACCAAUGGAUGCAGGGUUUGUUUGGUUUUGCCUAAUUGCUGUGUGGGGAGGUAGCAUUGAGGUUGGGCGAUUAUAUGUUGGUUGGAGAGGCCCUACCGGUAUUUAUGUAUGUAUGUGGGUAUUUAUUAACAGGAAUACUGUGAAUUCAAGAAGAGCGAAGGAGACGACACAUUGCCCAGUGUCUACAUUGGUCUAAAAGACAAAUUGUCAGGGAUCCGAAGGGUGGUCACAGAGUCCACGGAACAUAUUUUACAACUUUUACAAACUUCCUAUAAGGAUAAGUUGCAGGAGUUUGCUAAAGAUGGUGAGUGCCUAUCUACCAACCCUCUCAUUCAGUCCAGUGACCACUUCCUCUGUUGUUCCUGCAACUAAGCUGUUAUGUUACUUUUCUUUUUGCAGAGGACGCUGGCAUCAAAACAAUGGUGUCCGCCAUGAUCCCAUUCAAGCACCGCAUAACGGCCCCAGAACCUAAAAGCAGGAGUGACUUCUUGAAAUGUAAGGCAUAAUUAUAUACAUGACUGUAUCUUUCAGAUGAAUAGACUCUUAAGAGCAAGCCUGUUGGUUUGUUGAGUUUUGAGGGGAACAGUGAGAGGAAAACAGUGGUUUUAAACUAAUACGAUAUAUUUCUUGUUCCUCCAAAGAUAUUUGCCCAUUGACGUUUGACCCGGUUACUGCUCAUCGCUAUUUGAGGCUCUUGGAAGACAACCACAAAGUCACCAACACCACACCGUGGGAGCACCCGUACCCGGAUCACCCAGAGAGAUUUCAGCACUGGCGCCAGGUGCUGUCGGGCAAAAGCUUAUACAUCAGCCGCUACUACUUUGAGGUCGAGAUAUUUGGGGCUGGCGUUUACAUUGGCAUGACGAACAAGAGCAUUGACCGGAAGGGUUCCGAAAGCAACAGCUGCAUCUCAGGGAAUGACUUCUCCUGGUGUGUUAAGUGGAAUGGGAAGGAGUUCUCUGCUUGGCAUAGUGAUGUGGAGACACCACUGAAAGUCCAGGGAUUCAGCAGGAUAGGAGUUUACCUGGAUUACCCCAGGGGCACCCUCUCCUUUUACGGCAUUGCUUCGGAUGUCAUGACUCUUUUGCAUAAGUUUGAGUGCAAGUUUACUGAACCUCUCUACCCAGCCUUCUGGCUAUCCAAGAAGGAGAACAGUGUGCAGAUUGUCAAGUUGUGGGAUGAGGCUGAGGCCACUCUGGCACCUCUUCCUGCUCACUUGGGAGAAGCAGCUUCUUCCAGUACAGCCUUGGCACCUGAGAGUGAAGCAGAGGCAAGUACAAAGACAUCAGAGUCGGGACACAGCCAUUGAUUAAGUGAUGUGAUCAUGGGCACUCCUUCUUACUACAAGUGUGCCGCUGAAUUAAUUAAAAGGUAAAGGCAGACAUGAUGGCCUCUGAGGGGGAAAAAAUCAAAUAUCCGUAUUAGGGCAAUACUUUUAUCUGGCCAACAAACACGUCACAAAACCAGGUGAGCUGAAUUGUUCAUUGCAUGUUUACCUUUUUGGUUGCCUACUGGCCCACUAAAUAUCUUCUCCAAAUUGAGAAACAGCUGGGGGAAAGGGAAUCUCCAAGGUCACGCUGUUUACUUUGUAGGGAACUGGCGUUGGCUGCCUCAGUGUUUGCCUGCUCCCUGAUGCUCAACUGAUACAUGUGUAAAGAAGCAUUUUUUAACAACAUCAACAGCAGCAGCGCUGCAAGUCUCCAGUUCUCUUGUCUUGUGGCCUGGAUGAGCAGUUCCACAGCAUUAGAGCUGUUCAGUUUCUGAAAACAACUGUUCUUUCUUAGCAAAGGAAUUUGUGGGCAUUUCUCAUUUACUGCAUUAUCUUGGCAGGUUGAAUAAACUUUGGUUUAUUAUUUAUCACAUUUUAUUAUGUUUUGAUUCUUUGACUGUUUUGAUAUGGUAUCAGAAUUUGUUUUCUGCUUACACUGUCUGGAAAAAUCUGUGGUUUGGAUUUUCUAAACUAAUAACAUUACAUUGAGUGAAAUGUGGCUGGAUAACCAAGGACCAGGUGAAAUUGUCCCAGGGCCUAGACCUCGUUUGUGGGCCACCUGUUGCCCAUUCCUGGCCUAUAGCAAAGCAAAUCAUCAUUGAUUGAUUUAUUGAUUUUUUAAUACUAGAUGCUCGCAAAAAUCAAAUGAGCAGGGCCCCGACCCACAGGUUCACAGUAUGUGGCAAGUACAAAGGCUGUUGAUUCAGGACAGGGGUCAUGCAAACUUGGGUGUGGACCAUUUUGGACAAGGCUAUCACUGAGUAAACUGCCGAUUGCAUCUUGACAGUUUUGUUUGCUCGCUAGCCGGUUAAACACCACCUCUAAACUGAGAAACAAAGCAACUAAUGGUCAAGGUUUCCCUUUCUUUAAGUGAUUUUGUUUUUCUUUAGAAUUCCCUUUUUCCCGUGGGAAGUGUGUUACAAAAAGGAAAUUUUAUUUUAUUUUAACUUUGUUAACUUGCGAAUUCAGGAAUGGAGGAGAAAUGGCUGUGAUGAUAAAACUGCCUUUUCUGCAGUACAGGUGAAGUUCAAACUGCACAGACACAAAAGAAAUGUCUCAUAGCUGCUCUCUGUACAAUUUCUCCUCCUGUACCGGCCAUCCUAGCCAGAGAAGGAGUAGUUCAACUAGCUUCUGCUGCUUAAGCAAAGGCUGAUGAUGUCAAGAUUUUAGGACAACCUGUGCCCCAUAAACCGCUUUGAACUCCUAAAGUCAUGUAGCUUCCAACAUCCCCCAUUAGGCAAGGGAAAGGCCUACCAAUGUAGACUUCUGAGUGUGUGGGCUUUCCUGAGAGCUGUGUGCACAGUUUACCUUUGAAACAGUUUCGAAGCAUACGUUUGACCCUCACAGAUUUACAGUUCCCAGCAACUCCUAAGCAACUACAGUGCAAAGAAAUAUUGGAGGGUGAAAGGUGCUAUGAAUGUCCUUUAAAUGUACAAUGCUUACAAAGGCAAAGGCGGCUAUGCACUCAGGUUUCUAGCUCCCAAGGAAUUCUUUGUGGGUAGUCUAUUCACAUAGGCUUAAUCCAGUGCUUUUUUCCUAGAAAAAAAGAGGUACCAGAACUCACCAUCAUUCUACCAUGAACACCUCCCUCAUUCUCUUAGAAUGGCAAUGGUGCCCACCUGAGAGAAGCCAGAACUGCGUUCUGGUGAGUUCUGGCUGAAAAAAGAAAGCCCUGGCUUUAUCCCUGUAAACAUCCAUGGCUAACACAGGGACAUGAGGAGCAGGAAAAGCUCAUUUUGUGCCAGCUCCCCAGUAAUUGUUUGCUUGAAGAGCAAUGUGUAUAAUGUAAAAACUGGGCUCUAGUGCAGUGGUUGUAACAGAGAUUCUGUUUGAAAUGGCUGUGUUAUCUGGAUAGAGAAAUGUGUUUCUACUGUUCUGGAGAGCUGCGUAAUUACUCCAACAUUUUGAAUAUUGUCGGGCAUGUUGUUGGCUCCCUUUGAUUGUUGUCCUUAAAAAACAAACAAAGCCCAAUUAAGUCAAAAGUCUUGGUUUUUACAGUGACUUGAUUCCACUGGUAUCAGCGUAACCGAAGUCAGAUCGUAUCAAUGCAUUCGGGCAAGCUAAUUGGCCUGUCUCUGUGUGUGGCUCUCCUCGUGUAACAUGCACCCAUUUUCCUAUAACAAACAUUGUAAGAUGUGGGUUUGUUUUGGCAGAACGGGAGAGCAAGGAUUAGCAGCAGCAAGUGACGGAAGAAAGACAUAAAAGAAGCAUUGAACGGUUGCUGCUCAGGGUCAGAUAAAGGGUAGCCAAAAUGUGGGGUUAAAAUUAACUUACUCGUUUUAUACAUCCCCCAAUUUGAUUUGAAGGCUGGGUAAAUAAACACGUUCAUAGGACAAGAAUUGUUUUCAGGAAAAGUGGAGAGAAGACCAACUUUGGGGAGUCUCUCAAGAAAACUGUUUUGGGAAGGCCCAAGAAUGCAUUUUCCCCACGAGGGGGCAGUAUUGUUGCAUAACUGAUCUGAUGUGCUGGCCGUGAGUCAUGUGCUGCGAGUCUGAUUUCAUGUAAGGUUACCAGAGCAAUUUGCACUCAAGUGCUUGGGAAGGCUGUUUUAGAUGAAUGCAAAUCUCUUCACUGUAGGAACCUUAGAAUCCUUUGCUGACUGCGAUGGGGCCAUUUCUGAAGCACUGCCUGGAUCUUUGCAGGCAGUAAUGGGGGCUAAUGGAGUGAAUCACAAUGUAAACGAGGCAGAGGUGAUCAGAAAAGGGCCUAAUCAUGGGAUGGACUUGGAUGAUGGACUCAAGGGCAUCCUGAUCAAAUUUGCAGAUGACACCAAACUGGGAGGGGUGGCUAACACCCCAGAGGACAGGAUCACACUUCAAAACGACCUUGACAGAUUAGAGAACUGGGCCAAAACAAACAAGAUGAAUUUUAACAGGGACAAAUGUAAAGUAUUGCACUUGGGCAAAAAAAAUGAGAGGCACAAAUACAAGAUGGGGACACCUGGCUUGAGAGCAGUACAUGUGAAAAGGAUCUAGGAGUCUUGGCUGACCACAAACUUGACAUGAGCCAACAGUGUGACGCGGCAGCUAAAAAGCCAAUGCAAUUCUGGGCUGCAUCAAUAGGAGUAUAGCAUCUAGAUCAAGGGAAGUAAUAGUGCCACUGUAUUCUGCUCUGGUCAGACCUCACCUGGAGUACUGUGUCCAGUUCUGGGCACCACAGUUCAAGAAGGACACUGACAAACUGGAAUGUGUCCAGAGGAGGGCAACCAAAAUGGUCAAAGGCCUGGAAACGAUGCCUUAUGAGGAACGGCUAAGGGAGCUGGGCAUGUUUAGCCUGGAGAAGAGGAGGUUAAGGGGUGAUAUGAUAGCCAUGUUCAAAUAUAUAAAAGGAUGUCACAUAGAGGAGGGAGAAAGGUUGUUCUCUUCUGCUCCAGAGAAGCGGACACGGAGCAAUGGAUCCAAACUACAAGAAAGAAGAUUCCACCUAAACAUUAGGAAGAACUUCCUGACAGUAAGAGCUGUUUGACAGUGGAAUUUGCUGCCAAGGAGUGUGGUGGAGUCUCCUUCUUUGGAGGUCUUUAAGCAGAGGCUUGACAACCAUAUGUCAGGAGUGCUCUGAUGGUGUUUCCUGCUUGGCAGGGGGUUGGACUCGAUGGCCCUUGUGGUCUCUUCCAACUCUAUGAUUCUAUGAUAAGGCAGGCAUAGGCAAACUCAGCCCUCCAGAUGUUUUGAGACUACAGUUCCCAUCGUUCCUGACCACUGGUCCUGUUAGCUAGGGAUGAUGGGAGUUGUAGUCCCAAAACAUCUGGAGGGCCGAGUUCGCCUAUGCCUGGGAUAAGGGCUCAGCCUGCUUGUCUUCAAAAGUAUGUUUGCGACUGGGAACUUCUGCCAAGGUGCCAUGCCUCCAGAUGCUCAGCUGUAGCCAGGAGCCUCUUUGCCUAGGAUAGGCUGGUUCAUAGAGAUAGGGGUGACAUUUAUAGAAUCAUAGGAUUGUAGAGUUGAAAGGUGAAUCUGCCAGAUUUGCACUUUCUGAAAGAAUGCAUGAACUGAGACACACUCAGGCGCACUUUUCUGUAUUUUGCAAUGCAGUUCUUCAGUCAAAUGAUGUGUAAAAAGGUAAAGGGACCCCUGACCAUUAGGUCCAGUCAUGGCUGACUCUGGGGUUGCGGCGCUCAUCUCGCUUUACUGGCUGAGGGAGCCGGCGUACAGCUUCCGGGUCAUGUGGUCAGCAUGACUAAGCCGCUUCUGGCGAACCAGAGCAGAGCACGGAAACGCCGUUUACCUUCCCGCUAUUUAUCUACUUGCAUUUUGUUGUGCUUUCAAACUGCUAGGUUGGCAGGACAAAUGAUGUGUACAUAAAUGCAUAUACCAUGUGCAUAUGCAUGUGUUGGUUGGGGUGAAUGUUAUUACUGUGAGUCAGGGUAUGCCUUGGCAAGAGGGAUACUGAAAGGGAAAGGGAUCCCUGACUCUUAAGAUGCUUUUAAAAUGUGCUACUACGUUUUUGCUGGUGGGGGGGUUGGGGCAGGAUUUUAUUGCAUUGUCUUGCAGUUUUCCAGUUUUGCUGUUUGUUAUAUAUUGUAGCAUAACUGCAUCUUCUUAACAGUUUAGAGACCAUCUUGGGUAGUAUGAAAAUAUAUGGAAUAAAAAACUGGUGAAAAUACAAAACACAAAAAUGAACGAGGCAAAAAUUGGGACUGUUAGGCAAAAUUGCAUACAAAAUGAUGCAUAUUAGAAUAAAUCUGCACCGAAAGCUGAUGAAUUUUCAUGAGGGUUUUAACAGCAACAACAAAACGAAUUUACAAACCGGUGUGGAAAUGUGGGGAGUUGAAUGUGAGGAAGAACUGCAAGGGGAUAGAGACUCUGUUUGCCAUCAGGGGGUGGUUGGUUUCACCUGUGCUCCUCCACCUCCAGCCCGAGGAACCUCCAGGAGGGAGUUGCUGCCACAGGCAUUAUGUAUACGUAUAUGUAUUUUAAUGAGCUGAAAUAUUAUGAGUUUUGGGGUUGUGGAGAAUGUAUGUAUGAACUUAAAUUUUUGGCUGCUAUUUUGUCAAUGUUGCUAAUAUUGUUUUAUAAAUUUUAAAUGGUGUAUUGAUUUGUGUAUCAUAUAAUAUGGAUUUUCAUU